AUGCAUUCCAAAAUUUCACGCGGUGGGCGAUUGGGUUGCCUCGCGGCACUUACCUUGGGGCUCUCUUCCAUCCCUCUAGUUGCUGGUGAUUGGCAAUACAAAUCUCGUCCUGACCUAGCACCCCCAAGGCUUAACAUCACCAUCCCAGCUACCAAGGAAGUGGAGUCCGGAUACAUAUUUAUUGCACCCUUUUCAGGAUAUCCAGAGGGUACACACCACGGACCAGCUCAGGCAGCACCAUAUAUCUUUACUGAUACCGGUGACCUUGUCUGGUCAGGGUUCACUUACUUUUCGAUUUGGGCCACCAACUUCCAGAAGGGCCGUUAUAAGGGUCAAGACAUUCUGUUUAGCUUUGAAGGAAGCCAUAAUGCUGCAUAUGGUCAUGGCCACGGCCACACGACGUUUCUGGAUCAGAAUUACGAGACGAUCAAAGAGCUCCGGGCUGGAAAUCAUCGACUAACAGAUAAGCACGAGUUCCAUAUCACCAAUGACGAAACUGCCCUGAUUCAGAUCUACCAUCCUGUUCCCUAUGACCUUACACCACAUGGGGGAUCUAGUGAGCAGCAGUGGAUUGUUGAUGCCAGAUUCCAAGAACUCGAUAUCGAGACCGGCAAAGUCUUAUUUGAGUGGAGCAGUUUAGAGCAUGUUGAUCCAUCCGAGGGAUAUCUUCCGUUGAACCCAGGACAAGCUGGUUCCGGCUACAACUCCUCCGACGCAUGGGAUUACUUCCACAUCAAUAGCGUGGACAAGGAUCAAGAUGGCAACUACUUGAUCUCGGCUCGUGACGCUAACGCUGUCUACAAGAUCAACGGCAAGACCAGUGAGAUCAUCUGGCAGCUCGGCGGCAAAUCUAGCAACUUCACACUCGGUGACCAAGUCGAGUUCUCAUUCCAACAUCAUGCUCGUUUCCUCUCCCGGUCCGCCGAUGGUAAGCAGGAAAUAUUUUCCCUCUACGACAACUCUGCCCACGGCACCGAAAACGGCCAUGGCCAUGAGGUGCACUUAUAUGAGUACUCCCGAGGGAAGAUCAUCCAAGUUGAUACCGAAACCUGGACCUCAACUAUCGUGCAGGCCUUCCAUCCUCCUGAUAACCUCCUUUCCAAAUCUCAAGGGUCAACCCAAGUUCUACCUAACGGAAACGUACUGGUGAACUGGGGAUCUGAAGGCGCCAUCACCGAGUUCAAAUCCGACGGCACCCCCAUCUUCCACUUUUAUAUGGACUCCGGUUUGUUAGGCGAGGCCGUUGAGAAUUAUCGUGGAUUCCGCUACAACUGGACCGGUAUUCCAAACGAAGCACCCGCGAUCGUUGCCCUCAAAGAUGAGGCAAAGGAAACCACCAGCAUCUACGUCUCAUGGAACGGCGACACGGAAACAAAAUCGUGGCGUUUCUAUGAGGUCGAGGAUAACGGCCGACGAUCGUAUCUGGGAGAGUCGAAGCGCAAGAGCUUUGAGACAGUGCUUGAGCUUCCGCACGUUGGAGUGAAGACCGUCCAGGCCGAGGCUUUGGAUGCUGAAGGCGGGGUACUGGUCGAUACAUCUAUUGUCAAGCCAGAUAUCUUGAUCCAUGAAUUCAAGGGGAAACACCAAACGGGCAAGAACAAACUUCAGAAGCAGCAAGGGGAAGGUGUCGUCCCCUGGCUCUUUUUUAAGGGGCAAAAGUUUUUCAGCCGCGCAGAUCUCUAA